CUCCCUUCGGCCUCUCCGGCCGGGCCCCACGUUAUGUCGUGAUCCCGGGCGGGCGGCGCUGCUGCUGCUGCUCAUGGGGCUGCUCAGGAUUAUGCUGCCGCCCAAGUUGCAGCUGCUGGCGGUGCUGACGUUCGGGGUGGCCGUGCUCUUCCUGGAGAACCAGAUCCAGAAGCUGGAGGAGUCCCGCGGCAAGCUCGAAAGAGCUAUUGCAAGACAUGAAGUCAGAGAAAUAGAACAACGUCAUACAAUAGAUGGUCCUCGACAAGAUGCAACUCUGGAUGAAGAUGAUGAUGUGGUGAUCAUUUACAACAGAGUACCUAAAACUGCAAGCACAUCCUUCACAAAUAUUGCCUAUGACCUUUGUGCAAAGAACAAAUAUCAUGUUCUGCAUAUCAAUACAACCAAAAAUAAUCCUGUUAUGUCACUGCAAGAUCAGGUGCGAUUUGUGAAGAAUGUAACUUCCUGGAAGGAAAUGAAACCAGGAUUUUAUCAUGGACAUAUAUCUUACUUGGAUUUUGCAAAAUUUGGUGUUAAAAAGAAACCAAUUUACAUUAAUGUCAUAAGAGAUCCUAUAGAACGACUAGUUUCUUAUUAUUACUUUUUGCGGUUUGGAGAUGAUUACAGACCAGGGCUACGAAGGCGAAAACAGGGGGAUAAAAAGACCUUUGAUGAAUGUGUAGCAGCUGGAGGCUCAGACUGUGCUCCAGAGAAACUUUGGCUUCAAAUUCCAUUCUUCUGUGGCCACAGCUCAGAAUGCUGGAAUGUGGGGAGCAGAUGGGCUUUGGAACAAGCCAAGUACAACCUGAUUAAUGAAUUCUUCCUAGUGGGAGUCACUGAAGAGCUUGAAGACUUUAUUAUGUUAUUGGAGGCAACUUUGCCCCGAUUCUUUAGGGGUGCUACAGAACUGUACCGGACAGGAAAAAAGUCUCAUCUUAGGAAAACAACAGAGAAAAAGCUCCCAACAAAAGAAACCAUUGCCAAGCUGCAGCAGUCGGAAAUUUGGAAAAUGGAGAAUGAGUUCUAUGAAUUUGCACUGGAGCAAUUUCAGUUUGUCAGAGCACAUGCAGUUCGGGAAAAAGAUGGAGAAUUGUAUAUUCUGACGCAAAACUUUUUCUAUGAAAAGAUUUACCCUAAGUCUAACUAAGAACAAGGUAUACUGUUAGAUUAAUGGACUAAACCUUUGGUCACUUUGUCAUCUUAGUUCUCAGCCCUGGAAAAUAGUUUGCUGGUAGACCUCUGAGGUAUUUCUCUCUAGAGCUGAGGAAAGUGGGCUGUGGAUCACACCAAAGGUGUUGGAUACUUGACUUAAGCUUCAGUUCUUUUAUCUAACUAAUAGUUUCAGUGGGAGUUACUACCCUUUCCCUGAAGAAACCUACAUUUUCCUUUACAGAUAUUAACUGCACAGAGGUUUUGGUUGAAAAUAUAAACAAAAAAUGCUUCUGUUUAUGCUGUUGUUGAUUCUCAGAGCAAUUUAUUUUCAUUUAAACUUCUGUAAACAAGAAAUCAAUUGUUUUCCCAG